GUAGAGAUGGGUCGCCGACCAGCGAGAUGCUAUCGGUAUUGCAAAAACAAACCAUACCCAAAAUCACGUUUCUGUCGUGGUGUCCCCGACCCCAAGAUCCGAAUCUUCGAUUUGGGAAAGAAGAAAGCAUGCGUCGAGGACUUUCCUUUAUGUGUGCACUUAGUUUCGGACGAAUAUGAACAGUUAAGUUCAGAAGCGCUCGAAGCGGGCCGUAUUUGCUGCAACAAAUACAUGGUUAAGAAUGCGGGUAAAGAUCAGUUCCACAUCCGAAUGAGGCUUCAUCCCUUCCAUGUUAUUCGCAUUAACAAAAUGUUAUCGUGCGCUGGGGCCGAUAGGCUUCAAACUGGAAUGAGGGGCGCUUUUGGAAAGCCUCUAGGAACUGUGGCUCGCGUUCGCAUUGGCCAACCGAUCAUGAGCGUACGAUCCACCGACCGUUAUAAGGCCGCCGUGAUCGAAGCUCUCCGUCGUGCAAAGUUCAAGUUCCCCGGUCGCCAGAAGAUUUAUGUCUCCAAGAAAUGGGGAUUUACUAAAUACGAGCGCGCCGAGUACGAAAAUUUGAAGAACACUGGUCGUCUUUGGCCCGAUGGCAGCAACGUCAAAUACCUUCCCGAGCACGGACCCCUCGAUAUGUGGAAAAAGUACAAAGAAGGUUUAGGUGUUUAAGUAAACACUCUUUAUACCUUGGUCUGAAUGAACACUUGUUUAAAUAUAUAAAGUGUUCAUUCAGAAUAAGUUACAUUGUUUAUUAUGCUCUGAACAUGAGGGCUGUAAAUGUAAAAUAUGUAAACUCAGUCUUUUAAUAAAAUGAAUUUGGAUACUCAAAA